UUAGCUUGCUGGGCUAGUGGGCUGGUCUGGUUGGGGAAGUGUGGAGGAAGGCGUUGAGCGCACUACAGGCAGACAUAGAUCGGCGACUUCAGAUAUCCUCAGCUAAUCCUUGAGCUAACCCAUUAUCCCCCCAUGCUGUCCAAGAAAGGAAGAUAACGUUAAUAGCCCAACACUGCCACCUCAAUUAGCCACCAUCCAAGACAGAUAAGGGAGACGUUUCGCUCUGAGAGGCGUUCUUUUGGGCAGAAUCAAAAUUCUUUAUAAAUUAGCAUCAGUGUAGCUACAGCUUUGACCAACGUUUCUUCUAAGAAUGAGGUUGCCGAGUAGUAGACAUUGUGCGAUAGAGGGAGAUGGAAAGAAGAUGGACCAGGCUCCCCCGGUCAGAAACCCCUUUGUGCACGUCUUGAAAUUCACCCCCAUGGAAAAAGUAAAGAUUGCAUUAAUGACAGUCACUCUGUUCCCCAUCCGUCUACUCAUGGCUGCAUUCAUGAUGCUACUGGCUUGGCCUUUCGCCUUCAUCGCAUCAGUAGGACGUUCCGAGACCACCGUCGAACCGCAGUGCCUGUGGAGAAGACUGGUGGAUAUCAUUCUGAGACUCAUCAUGCGGGUCAUGUGGUUUGCUGGAGGUUUCCAUUGGAUGACUGUGAAAGGGCAAAGGGCAUUGCCUGCAGAAGCACCCAUCCUCAGCCUGGCACCCCACUCUUCUUACUUUGAUGCCAUCCCAGUCACAAUGACAAUGUCUUCAAUUGUCAUGAAGGCAGAGAGCAAGGACAUACCUCUCUGGGGCACUUUGAUAAAGUACAUCAGGCCAGUGUUUGUAUCCCGAUCUGACCAGGACUCGAGAAAGAAGACUGUAGAGGAGAUCAAACGCAGAGCGCACUCUGGAGGAGAAUGGCCUCAGAUAAUGAUUUUUCCAGAGGGAACAUGCACCAAUAGAUCCUGCCUCAUCACCUUUAAGCCAGGGGCCUUCAUCCCAGCUGUCCCAGUGCAGCCCGUUGUGAUUCGUUAUCCUAAUAAACUGGACACAAUUACAUGGACGUGGCAGGGGCCUGGAGCAUUUGAAAUCUUGUGGCUGACACUCUGCCAACUACACAAUGAAUUUGUCAUAGAAUUCCUUCCCAUUUACACACCAUCAGAAGAGGAGAAAAAGAAUCCUGCACUAUUUGCUAUCAACGUGAGACGAGUAAUGGCCAAAGCCCUGGGGGUUCCCAUCACAGACUAUUCGUUUGAAGACUGCCAGCUGGCCAUGGCAGAGGGCCAGCUGAGACUGCCAGUCGACACCUGUCUGCUGGAGUUUGCCAAGCUCGUCAGGAGACUGGGGUUGAAACCCCGGAACACUGAGAAGGUUUUGCAGGACUACGGGAACAGAGCCAGGAAGCUGGAAGGACAAAAGCUGAGCUUGGAGGACUUUGCUCACUUCCUCGAUGUGCCAGUUUCAGACAUGCUGCGAGAUAUGUUUGCUCUUUUCGAUGAGCACGAAGAUAACAGGAUGGAUAUAAGAGAAUAUGUGAUAGCCUUAUCUGUAGUAUGCAAACCUGCCAAAACUCUGGAAACCAUGAAAUUAGCUUUCAAGAUGUUUGAGGCAGAGGAGGACGGUGCCAUCACAGAGAGAGAGCUGGCAGUAAUACUAAAGACAGCUUUAGGAGUGAGUCACCUCAACGUGUCACGUCUGUUUACCACUAUCGCCGCUGAUGACACAGGGAAAAUUACAUUUGACAAGUUCAGAGGCUUUGUGGAAGAAAACCCAGACUUUGCUGAAGAAUGUCUAUACACAGAGAACGUAGGCCUUCACAGUGGACCCUGCCAUGCUCACCAAACACAGCCCAACCCAUCUGCCCUGAACCUGCAAGGCACUGCCACGAGCAAAACAGCCAACGGUAUCUGUCCUGACUUCAGCCCCCGAGACCAAGAUGGCGCACCAGAUGCACUCCUCAAGAAACACAACUAAAAUUAGGUUUAAAACCUUAGAGGGAGCAAACACACCCCUCUCCUGGUGAGAGGAAGUUGUGUAAGGUUGGUUAGUUAGUUGUUAGUAGCUUGUCUGAACAGUAAGGGACUGCAUUUCAUCAAACACAAUUACAAAAAUGAAGACGUUUACCCUUUUUUAUUAGUACUGUGUCCUUGAAAUUUAUGAGAUUACUUUCAGCCUGUAACAGUUUAUUUUAUUACAAAGUUUUUUUUUUCUUCAUUCAUUUUUCCAUAGGGUGAAUUGUCCAAAUGCCAAAUGGCUUUUUCUUUUUUUUUCUUUUUUUUUUUCUUCUCCCCUUUGGAUACAAUGCUUGAAUACUUGAAGGGCAAGCACUUAUUAGGAUUCCUGGGGCAAAAAUUGUAUUUUUUUUUUUUUCCUUGCGACAUGGAACUGUGCAUGUUUUUUAACACAAGGGAAAUGAAGCAAAAACAAGCCCUGGAUUGUGAAGUGAGCAAAAUCUUAGUGAAUUAAGUGUUUGAGUCUUUUAUUUGUAACUUUUCUCCAUUUCCUCUCUUAAAUGGUAGCUGCCUUUUUGAAUUGGAAGUGAAGAAUGACUGGGCUCAUGUUGUUUUGAGCAGUGUGUACGAUUAUUUAUCUAAAGAAGAAAGGCCUGAAGAGACCUGUGACGACUGUUGGAAAACUUGAAGCACAAAGCUUAAGUAGCCACGUUUGAGGCUAACUCAGGCCUCCGCACGUUGAUGGUAUGACUGCUAUGAGCCUGUUUUUUGUGUGUAUGUGUGUGCGCAUGUGUACAAUAUUUGAUUUAGCUCAGGGUUCAGUGACAAAAAUGAAAAAAAUUAACUCCUAUGAUGUCAUACUUUUUGACGCUCAGUGGGUUAUGUGCAUGAGAAGUCUUCAUAUGACAGUACUCUCCUGUGUGGUCAUUUCUCAUGUUCUUACACUUUACAACUUUUUUUUUUUCUUCUUUUUUUUUCAAAUCAGAAUUACACAACGUGGACCAAAAAUGCAUUGGGUGAUUUCAUUUGUCACCUGUAAUGUUUGUACUGUUCUUGUGAGUCUGUGGUGUAUAUGUAGUCUGAAGCGAACAAACGGCAUCAUGUGAACAGUGACAGUUCAGUGGCUUUGUAAAGGCUAGGUCAUAGCCUACUACUUCCCUUUCACCAUUACACAGUUACGACUUUUGCACCAUUCUUCUCCUGCUCAUGCUUUAUAUCAUUACUCACUUUUGUAAAGUCCCCCAUGCAAUAUUUAAAAUCUGCACACAAGAAACUGUGCUGUUUUUAAAUGCUGAGAUGUUUCAGGACAAAACACCACCACAUUUUUUUUUACCUCUGAUAGUAUUUAAACCUCGUGUUUGUCACCAGGAUGGUUUUAUUUCAAGUGCUCUGCACAUGUACAGGUAGCCUGCAGCCAUAAAACGUCUGUAUAAUCAGAGAUGAAGUGGGCCCGUGCUUUUCAGUUACAACUUAAAAUGAAGGAAAAUUUAAGAAAAGUUUUAUCUGAAAUCAGGCUAAUAGUGGAGAUGAAUUCAGGUGGGUUAGGGGUAAUAAAAGAAAAUAAAUUUUAAUGUAAAAGUUUAUUACGUCUAACAUUUAGUCAUUUAUCUUACUUUGCAAUAAUAUAUUUUUUCUUUAAUAGAAGAAACAUUGAAAAUGUUGACACUUAUUUUUUCUCAUUAGAUUCACACACGAUACUUUUCCUUUUUUCCUCUUGAAACACAGCUAGACUGUGUUGCUGCCUCAGAAAAUUAACAGUGCUUUACAUUUUUUCAUUUCAUAAAGUAAAUCAUUAAAGGGAAUACCUCUCUUGAAUAGAUGAAGUGACACUCAUUACAAUCAGAUUCUUUCUAAUUUUUUAUUAUCACAGUCCCAUCUUAUUCAUGACCAUACAUGUGUAUGUAUCCUCUUUGGCUUUCAGUAAAGCAAUAUUUCUCAUUUCUUAAGCCUUCUCAAGAUGAAUGCUUUUGAAGAGUUCUAAUAUGUAUUUUGAAUAUUCCAAAUGCAGGACAUUUUGUGAAUUUUUGAUAUACGUAUAUGAAUGAUUUUUAUUUUCACUGCCAUGACAAAGAUCUGUGAUCUUCUUUGCUCUGCAGAUUGUAUUGAUAGUAACAAAUGAGCCACAUUUUUUUCCCUUUUGUAUAAUCCUGCAGUUGUUUUGUGCUGUACUCCUCCUACACGGUGUAAAGUUUUAUUGUUAUAUUGUUCUCGCUGAGUUGACUGCUUAGAAACAAAAUGCAGAUUUCAUAUGGAAACCAAUAGCCUUGAUAGCCUCUAUAGAAUUUUUAUUCUUAAAAAAGAGAGAAUGUACAGACAAUCUUGUCACAGUCAGAUGCUCCUCGGAGCUCUGAUCUCCAGUGGAUAUUUUCCUAAGAAAAGGUGGUUUUCAGAUGUUUUUUUUUUUUAAGUUUGAGUGCAGGUUGAACUAUAAAGUAUGAGUGUGUAAAUGUGUCAGGCCCUGAGGUGAUGUGCCACUACAUGACGGGCUGCAUCACACAAACACUCCAGACUGCACACACAUGCAGACUAUCAUUUAACAUGAUACAUGACAAUCUUUUAGCAUUGUCAGAUUAUUUUUCCCCUUCUGAACUCUGUAUUUGUGCUUGCACUUUAGAUUUUUUUUUAUUUAUUUUUUUUUUAUUUUUUAGUCUUUAAAGACGUGUCACAUUGCUCUGAAGCAUGUUAAGUUUGUAGGUUACAGUACUGUAACAAUCACUUUAUUACUAUAAAUAGGUUAAUGCUUUUGAAGAAUAACAGAAGUGCAGAGGAUGUUAGGGAUCAGAAAAUAAGCUGUUCCUUGCCCCACUUUUUCUUUGGCUAGUUUGAAACUUGUAAAAUGUUUGUUAAACCUCUGCUUUGUCUCAGGAUUGUGGGAAAUUUAGUAGCUUAAAAAUAAAUUUGUGAACUUGUAGGACUUGGCAUCAGCAUAAAAAUUUGAAUGACUUGACAUGUUUGCACCAUGGAUAGAAGUAUUAAAUGUAGUGAUGUGAUUUUUACAAAACAUGGUUAAUAAUACAGUUCACUAUGGAUGAGGGAAAGCAUUUGUUUUUUGUACAUAGAUGGAAAAUCUGAUCAAGAAUAACUAUUAAUUAAUUCUUCAAGAGGUGCCCCCCAUGUUAAACAUAUAGAAAUACAGUACCCCAUGAUAUAGUUUUGGUUUUAACAAAGUUUAAUUCCGCUUCAUCGGCAAGUUAAAUAUACUUUUUUUUUCAUUUUCAGUAUUUAUAUUUCAGAAGAAUUAUUUGUUGAGGCUGGUUAAACAUACUUGCCAGUUUAAUUUCCCUCACCUUAAUUUCAAAUUUCUCCUUAGAGGAGAAUCCGGUUUCAUUUUUCUUUUUUUUUUUUUUUAAGUUUUUAUCCAUCUGACAAAAUAUGUAAAACUGCAAGCGAAAUUUGUAUUUAUGCUAUUGCUGCCUGCCUGUUACAGUUAGUUCAGCAGUAAGCCUAAGACGAAAGACUUGUGUACUCCAGGCGGAGCGAUAUUUUCUUUCUGAUGGCUUACUGUUUGUGAACCAAGAAGCUGAACUGUAUUUUUUCUGUAGCUUUAUUCCCUGUAUUUUUUCUAUAUCAAACAGGUUUUAUUUUAUUAAUGCAUUUUGAUGAAGAAGAGUCAUUUCUGCAAGCUAUGCUGAAUUUGUUCAGGACUGCUAUUAUGUAACUUGUUAAUGUGACUCUUGGAUGGAAUUAAAGAAGAAAUGUUAACACA